AUAUUAACUAUGUCGUUGUGUCCGUGUCGUAUCUUUCUGGUUGAUAGCUAUAAACUUACUACAUUUCCUUCUUUCUUUCUCAUAAUUAUAUCACACGUUUUCCAAAGCUCUCUCUCAUCUACAUUUUCCUCUGCUGCCCCUCAUCAAUUUCAUGUUUGUUCCAAUGGUUCCCUCAGCUAAACUCUUCACCCUUUUAACCUCUCUCACUUUAAUCAUCUCAUUCUCCAUAGCACAAACCUCUUUCAGACCAAAAGCACUAGUUCUUCCCAUAAACAAAGACACUUCUUCAUCUACAAUUCAAUACACAACUCAAAUCAAACAAAGAACACCACUAGUCCAAAUAAAUCUAACUCUAGAUCUUGGUGGUGGCUAUUUUUGGGUCAACUGUGAAAAGGGCUAUGUCUCAUCAACUUCAAAACCAGUUCUUUGUGCUUCAUCUCAAUGCUCACUCUUCAACUCACACAGUUGCAGUGACCAAAACAUCUGUGGCCAUUCACCUACCAAUACAGUAACAGGUGUUUCAACAUUUGGUGACAUACAUUCAGAUAUUGUUUCAGUUCAAUCCACAAAUGGAAACUAUUCUGGUAGAUUUGUUUCUGUUCCUAACUUCUUGUUCAUUUGUGGUUCAAAUGUUGUUCAAAAGGGUCUUGCUAAAGGUGUCAAAGGUAUAGCUGGUCUUGGAAGGACUAAAGUGUCAUUUCCUUCACAGUUUUCAUCAGCUUUUAGCUUCAAAAAUAAGUUUGCAAUUUGUUUAGGUACUUCAAAUGGUGUUCUUUUCUUUGGUGAUGGACCUUAUCUAUUGAACUUUGAUGAAUCCAAAGUUCUUAUCUUUACACCACUUUUAACAAACCCUGUUAGCACUGCUCCAAGUUCUUUCUUAGGUGAAAAAUCAGUUGAGUAUUUCAUAGGUGUGAAAUCUAUUAGAAUUUCUGAUAAAAAUGUAAACUUGAACACAACCCUUUUAUCUAUAGACAAAAAUGGAUUUGGUGGAACCAAGAUUAGUACUGUUAAUCCUUACACUAUAUUGGAAACUUCAAUCUAUAAAGCUGUUUCUGAUGCAUUUGUGAAAACAUUAGGAGUUUCAACUGUUACACCAGUAGCACCAUUUGGAACAUGUUUUGAUACACAUAGUAUUAGUUCUUCUAGAAUUGGACCAGAUGUUCCUUCUAUUGAUCUAGUGUUGCAGAAUGAUGUGGUUUGGAAUAUUAUUGGAGCUAAUUCAAUGGUUUCUAUUUAUGAUAAAAAUGUGAUUUGUUUGGGUUUUGUUGAUGCUGGAUCUGAUUUUGCUAAAGAUUCUCAAGUUGGUUUUGUGGUUGGUGGUUCUAAACCAAUGACUUCAAUCAUUAUUGGUGCACAUCAAUUGGAGAAUAAUUUGUUGCAGUUUGAUUUGGCUACUUCAAGGCUUGGUUUUAGAUCACUGUUUUUGGAGCAUGAUAAUUGUGGAAACUUUAAUUUUACAUCCUCUAUUUAGAACUUGAUUGUGAUGUUCAAAUUAAUAAUACUAUAUGUGAUAUCUAUGUGUGUAAAGUAGGUUGUGAAAUAAGUGAGGUUUUGUUGAUGUAUUAACCUCCCAAAAUUUAGUUUAUUUGCUUGCAAAAUAAAGACUAGUAUAAAUAGAUAAAUGCAUCUUACAUUUUGAA